CAUUGAACGCAGAUUGUACAACAAUGAAAAACAGUUUGAACGUGAAGACCUACUCAAAGCCUGGGAUAUUUUACUAAAAAUUCUUCAUUUGUGCCUUUUGAAAGCAAAGUAGAGGCAACUUUUUUUUCUCGAAGUGACUGCCCAAGAAGCCCAAGGCGUCUUACUGGACUUCCCGAACAAAAUACACACAGCCCGAAUUUGCCAAUGACAUAACCAAGGAUUUGCAGACUCUUCCUGGGGUUGAGUCGGCCUGCCCCAACGCUGCUGGAUUUUUGUGGUAACAUUGUGAAAUUGAAAGGAAGCAGAUUUGCCAGUCACCAUGCCAGCCCUCUCCACCAGAGCCGGCAGUGAGAUAGGUCUGUAUGAGCUGUUGUCUGUACUGCCGUCUCAGCUGCAGCCUCAUGUUGAAGGCGCAGAUGACCGCUCUUUUCUACACGCUAUGUUUGGGGAGAGGAGUCUACAUUCAUUGGUCAAGAUCCAUGAGAAGUUACAGUGUUAUGAAGACCGCACUCCAACUCCAGUACUGGACAGCGCCGGCUCACUGGCUCAAGACUUGACGGAGGAACUUCAGGGAAAAAGUGCAAGUAAUGAGAUGAGAGAGCUUGUCAAGCUACUGUCCAAACCACAUAUAAAGAGUUUGUUGUCAGUUCAUGAUACUGUGGCCAGGAAGAGUUACGAUCCAGAACUUCCUCCUCUGCCAGACGACAUUGAUGAUGAUGAAGAUUCUGUCAAGAUCAUUCGACUGGUCAAGAAUAAAGAGCCUUUGGGUGCCACCAUAAAGAAGGAUGAACACACUGGAGCAAUCAUAGUGGCGCGCAUCAUGAGGGGCGGGGCAGCAGACAGAAGUGGGCUGAUACAUGUCGGAGAUGAGCUGAAAGAGGUCAAUGGUAUCCCUGUAGAUGACAAAAAACCUGAGGAAAUCAUUUGCAUCCUGUCCCAGUCGCAAGGUGCCAUCACGUUCAAAGUAGUCCCAGGCAUCAAAGAGGAGGCACAAAGCAAAGAGCCCAAGAUGUUUGUAAAGGCGCUUUUUGACUACAGUCCAGCUGAGGAUAAGGCGAUCCCUUGCAAGGAGGCAGGCUUGGCAUUCAGAAAGGGAGAUAUCCUGCAGGUUAUGAGCCAGGACGAUGCCACCUGGUGGCAGGCCAAACUAGAGGGUGAUGGCAACCCGCGCGCAGGACUCAUCCCAUCCAAACAUUUUCAGGAGAGGAGGUUUGCAGUCUGGAGACCCAUGACCGUCACGACUCUUCAGAGAACCCCCAGCAAAAGAUUUUAUGAUGAGACAGUUGAAUGGGUGGAGGACAUUGAAGAGGACACUGAGUUUGCCUCCUAUUUAAGUGGACUCCAUAUUGCGGGUCUACGGAGGAGUUUUCGUCUCAGCAGAAGAGAUAAAAAGACAAAUAAGUCGAUGUAUGAAUGUAAGAGAAGUGAGCAAUACGACACAGCUGAUGUGCCCACUUAUGAAGAGGUGACGGCCUACCGCAGAAAACACGGAGACAGGCACAGACUUGUCUUGUUAGUUGGUCCUUCUGGUGUUGGUUUGAAUGAGCUAAAAAGGAAAUUGUUGAUAUCCGAUCCACAACAUUUUAGUAUCACCAUCCCACAUACCUCUCGAUUGAAGAGACAUCAGGAAAGUGAUGGAGUGGAGUAUCAUUUUAUCUCCAAACACCUUUUUGAGGCAGAUAUUCAGAACAGCAAAUUCAUUGAACAUGGGGAGUAUAAGGGAAACUACUAUGGGACGAGCUUCGACUCUGUACGUUCAGUCCUUUCUAAGAACAAGGUGUGUCUUCUAGACAUACAGCCACAUACACUAAAGCAUCUUCGCACAGCCGAGUUUAAGCCCUAUGUUGUGUUUGUGAAGCCUCCAUCCAUCGAGCAUUUGAGUGAGACCAGGAAGAACGCAAAAGUCAUCUCAGGCAAAGACGAUAAGAACUCAUCCAAACCAUUCUCGGAGGAGGACUUCCAGGAGAUGAUCAGUGCCGCUCAGAUGAUGGAAAACCAGUACGGUCACCUCUUUGAAAAGGUCAUCGUGAACGAUGACCUCACGAUUGCCUUCAACGAGCUCAAGCAGGCGCUCAGGAAAGUGGAGACAGAUACUCAGUGGGUGCCCGUAAGCUGGACUCAUUCCUGAGUGGUGGCACAAAACAGGACAAAAGGAACAAGGCAUCAAAUUUUGGGGGGGGAACUAGGGGAAGGACUUGAAGAACUAUGAAAGAUUUCGUUUUAUUGUGUAUUUUAUUUUUGGCUGUAGAUGGUGAUGGAAAAUAUUUUAGUUCUCUUGACACAUCUGAAGUGUUUUAUCUAUUCUCGGAGACUAAAGUGGAAGCGUAUAGAUUUGUUUUUGUUUUGUCGUGGUGGAUAUAGCUGAACGGGUGUAACUGCACUCAAAGUCAGCAAACGUCUGAUUGGUUAGCCGCCACUGAGAUAGUGUUUCAGACUGCCAAUCAAGUGGUCUGGUGGUGUUGACCACUCCUUGGUAUAUUUUUAACAUUAGUUUAUAGAAACCAAAGGGAUGGUUAUUAUUUUUGUGUGCUCAAAGCUUUUUGUAUUUCAGAACUUAACACACCGUACUCCAUUGGCCUGUUACUCUGCAGCUAGUUUAAUCAGCACAGCAUUAAC